AUCACCACUAAAGUCACUAUCUCCCCACACACCGAAGCUAAGUCGGCAGCCCGUCGUGAUGGUCUUCGGCUCUUCCUUGCCCUUUGCCCUUUGCCCUCUGGAUUUUCGACUCCUCGCCCGCACGGCCCAUUGUCCCCGUUCCAUUAGCCUUUCUUCCACUCCCGACGGUCGAGCUCGUCUUCUGGAGGUACGUCGUCGUUGGUCUAUGGCAUUGCCUAGCCGGGUAGAUCCUGGGACAAGAAAUAUUUUGUUCCUCUGAAUGAGAUGGGGCGGAUGCACAGGUUCAAAUGGCUGACGGCUCGGUGUCCUGUCUAGGUAGCUCGGACGACAUUGUUCUUGUCUUGAUAGAGUCUCUGGGCGUGGAAGAGAGGAUUCUGCAGGAUCAAGCACGUUUGGCUGGAGGAUUGCCUG